AUGAGAUUAUCAAGUAGCCUUCUUGGGGCCGUCUUAGCUGCAACUGUAUACGCAUGCAACCCAACUCAAGGCAAAUGUUCACCUGUUACAGCAUUGGCAUCCUCAUUUAGAGAGGACUUUCAUCUGCAAUCUUCAUACUUCGACGAGGUGAAGGCAACAGGUUUGUCGUACUCCAAUGAUGGCUUGAAGCUAGAGAUCGCCAAGAGGUUUGACAAUCCAUCGAUCAAGUCAAACUUCUAUAUCAUGUUCGGAAAGGUUGAGGUUGUGAUGCAAGCAGCCAAGGGAAAGGGAAUAGUAUCCUCAUUUUAUCUCCAGAGUGAUGAUUUGGACGAAAUUGAUAUAGAAUUGUUUGGUGGAGAUGCUUACGAGUUCCAAUCAAACUGGUUUUCGAAGGGUGACACUACCACUUACGACAGAGGUGAAUAUCACUCAACCUCAAAUUCCCCAUUAGAGAACUUUCACACUUACACCAUUGAAUGGACCAAGGAUUCAAUUACGUGGUCUCUUGAUGGCUCGGUUGUCAGAACGUUGGAGCCUGAUAAUGGUCAGGGCUUCCCUCAAAGUCCUAUGUACAUAAUGGCGGGCACUUGGGCUGGAGGCGACCCUUCUAAUGAGCCUGGAACUAUAGAGUGGGCUGGUGGAUUGACUGACUAUUCUGAAGCACCUUUCGACAUGUAUAUUCAGUCUGUCAUUGUGGCAGACUAUUCCACAGGAUCAGAAUACGAGUAUACUGACACUUCUGGAGAAUGGACUUCUAUUAAAGCAAUCAAUGGUGAGGUCAAUGGCCGUGAGAGUCAGGCUUUGAAAGAUUUCGAUACUCUUCAAAAUGGUGGUUCCGUCAGCAACGCGGCUAAGGCUUCAUCUUCUCAACUGAAGACUUCAUCGUCUUCCACUGUGGUGUCUCUGCAAAGCGCCUCAACUUUCACUUACUCGAGUGAGUCAUCCUCCACUGCGAAGAGUUCGUUAAGCUCAUCCGCCAAGUUAACUUCUUAUUCAACUUCCCUGUCGACCACUCUGCUUGACUCGGCCCUGAAGUCUGCAUCUUCCGUCACGUCCCUGAAGUCUGCAUCUUCCGUCACGUCCCUGAAGUCUACUUCCUCAUUGAGCGCUAAGACUACUUCAUCGUUCGUGUUUUUUAAUCCCUAUGCCAGUAUAAGCGCUCUGGAUAUACUAUCUGGAAAAGUGUCAUCCGCAACUACUACAAGUGGCAUUCAUCAAACUGGGUUAGGAAGUACUAGUAUUCUGAGCUUGGCUUCAUCUGGCACAACCGGAGUCCUCCAAAGUACUUUGCUGACUAUUACUACUCUGCCAUCUACAGUCUCUCUGGCCAUCCAACAAGAGAACCUGGGUUCAAGAAAGGCUGUUCAUUGGUUUGCACUCCUUGUGUUUACGGGUUAUCUACUUUAA